AUGUCAUUCGGAAGAUACGAGAUUUCACAAUCUUCGGGCCCAUAUUCGUUACACGUGCCGAUUUCCAACGAGACCUCGGUAAGCCCCACUUCAAUUUCCUCAGAUAACAUAUUAGCAUUUUUCAUUCCCGUAUUACUUUAACGCUAUCUGCUAGUUAUUUAACCGAAUUUCUCUCAUUUCGCUGCGUAGGAAGUGACCUUCAUCAUUGACGAGGACGUAUUCAUAGCCGUCAACGGCACAUGCCAGCUGAAUUCAUCCAUAGCAUUUGCAUUUUCCUGCCCCGUUGAUAUUUGUAAGUCCAUCUGACAUUCCAUGCAUGCUGCCAUUGGCUGCUUAAAAGCAAAUGUAGUAAAGCAACUGAAUAAACACCCCGCAAAUUGCUGGGUAUUUAAAAACAACUUCUGUUAGCUUUUUCCGUCUUUGAAGAACGCAUCGUAUUGCAUGGCUUUUUCGUUUUAGCUUCGCAACAGUGUCACGUAGACAUUAAGUUGCCCGAGGUCUCUUUCUUUGAAACUCUCAUGGUCAAAGUGAAUGAAACACAUGAGGAUCUCUACAUUCAUGGUAAGCAAAGAUGCAACCGUGGGAUGGUUUUAUUAAACCCCUCAUUGUUUUUUCAGUUGGCGAUUGCUUUCUUGAGCAUUACUGA